GGUGUGCGUGUUCCCGCAGCAACAGGGAAGAUGGCAGCCCUCACAUCUCUCACCCAGCAGUUGUCGAGUGGGAACCCCAUGUAUGAUAAUUUUUAUAGACAGGUUGAUCCAGGGAACACAGGGAGAGUAGGGCCAACAGAAGCAGCCCUAUUUCUCAAGAAGUCUGGGCUGCCGGACAUGACACUGGGGAAGAUAUGGGAUUUAGCAGAUCCGGAUGGAAAAGGCUUCUUAGACAAACAGGGAUUUUAUGUUGCGUUGAGGUUGGUAGCAUGUGCACAAGGUGGCCAAGAAGUCAGCCUGUCCAGCCUCAACCUCACAGUUGCUCCGCCAAAAUUUAAGGACUCGAGCAGUCCGUCUCUCAGUACAGUAUCAGCUUCGAGUGAAAUCCAUUGGAUUGUGAGGCCUGAAGAGAAGGGCAAGUUUGAUGGCAUAUUCGAGAGCCUUGCACCAGUCAAUGGACUUCUCUCUGGAGAUAAAGUAAAGCCCGUUCUUAUGAACUCAAAACUACCUCUGGAUGUGCUGGGAAAGGUUUGGGACCUCAGUGACAUUGACAAAGAUGGACAUUUGGACAGAGACGAAUUUGCAGUGGCCAUGCACCUUGUGUACCGCGCCCUGGAGAAGGAGCCCGUGCCCUCGGUCCUGCCCUCCUCGCUCAUCCCGCCCUCCAAGAGGAAGAGGUCGGUGAGCUCCCUGUCGGGGUCGGGACCCCCGGGGUUGCCCGCCAGCCCCCCGCCGCCCAAAGACAGCCUCCGCUCCACCCCCUCCCACGGCAGCAUGAACUCCCUCAACAGCGCCGGCAGCCUCUCGCCCAAACACACCCUCAAGUCCAGCUCACAGCAGCAUACGUUGAACUGGGUGGUACCAGUAGCAGACAGGGGGCGCUAUGACGACAUCUUCUUGAAGACGGACUCUGACCUUGACGGCUUCGUCAGCGGCCUGGAGGUCAAAGACAUCUUCAUGCAGUCGGGGCUCCCUCAGGCCCUCCUGGCACAUAUAUGGGCUCUGGCCGACACUCGGCAGAUGGGGAAGCUGACGCGAGAGCAGUUUGGCCUGGCCAUGCACUUCAUCCAGCAGAAAGUCAGUAAGGGCAUCGACCCUCCGCAGGCGCUCUCUGCCGACAUGAUCCCGCCAUCCGAGAGGAGCACCCCUGUACCGAAUCUGUCUGGAUACAUGACACCUGUGGGAUCAGAAAUGGCCGCCCUUUCAGACAUGCGGCGGGACAGCUCCAGCUCUGUGGGCUCGGGGGAAUUCACCGGCAUCAAGGAACUUGAUGACAUCAGCCAGGAGAUAGCACAGCUACAGAGAGAGAAGUACACUCUGGAGCAGGAGAUCCGAGAGACGGAAGAGGCCAUCCGGCAUAAGACCACAGAGGUCCAGGAGAUGCAGAAUGACCUGGACCGUGAGACGUGCAGCCUACAGGAGCUGGAGUCCCAGAAGCAGGACGCCCAGGAGAGGCUGGAGGAGAUGGACCAGCAGAAGGCCAAGCUGGAGGACAUGCUCAACGACGUGCGGCACAAGUGCCAAGAGGAGAGCCAAAUGAUUUCGUCGCUGCAGACCCAGAUCCACUCGCAGGAGUCGGACCUGCAGAGCCAGGAGGAGGAGCUGGACCGGGCGAAGGCGGAGCUGGGCCGGCUGCAGCAGGAGGAGGGCCAGCUGGAGCAGAGCUUGCAGGCCGGCAAGCUGCAACUGGAGACCAUCAUCAAGUCCCUCAAGGCCACGCAGGACGAGAUCAACCAGGCUCGCAGCAAGCUGUCGCAGAUCCAGGACAAUCAGCAGGAGAUGAGCAAGAACAUCGAGCAGUACAACAGCACCCUGAACGGCACGCACGGCGGCAGCAUGACCAACCUGGCCGACAUGAGUGAGGGCUUCCCCGAGAAGGAGAAUGGAGGCUUCGGCGCCAUGGAGGACCCCUUCAAGGUGAAGACAUCUGUGUUCAAUAGCACCCCCCAGGAGAUGAACACUGACCCCUUCCACUCAGAAGAUCCCUUCAAAACAGAUCCAUUCAAAGGAGACCCUUUCCAGAACGAUCCCUUUGCAAAACAGCCACCCACCACCACCACAGAUCCAUUUGGGGGAGACCCUUUCAAAGAGAGUGAUCCCUUCAAGACUACAUCAGAGGACUUCUUCAAGAAGCCCGUCAAGGUCGAUCCUUUUGGAGCUCCCGAUCCGUUCAGCAAAAGCGCAACACUUCCUUCAAAGGCACCAUGCCAGUUCACAAGUAACGAUCCCUUCACGUCUACCAGCCCCAAGUUAAAAGGCCCAGGCCCAGAUCUCUUUGGGACACUGGACCCUUUUGGAAGCAGUUCGUUUGGUGGCAGCGGAGGCAGUGGAGGCAGCAGCGGCGGUAGUCCAGGAGGAUUUGCAGACUUCAGCCAAAUGUCAAAGGGCUUUGCAGAGGAUCCCUUCAGCAGAAAGCAGGACACCCCAGCACUCCCGCCCAAGAAAGGUGUACCGCCUCGACCUAAACCUCCCAGUGGUAAAAGCACUCCUGUAAACUUGCCUGGAUCGGGGGAUGCCGCCAAGCCGAGCGACCCGUUCCAGCCCUUCGGCUCUGACGCCAGCGACCCCUUUCAGAGUAAAAAGGGGGUGGCGUCGGCGGUGGCGGUGGCGGGGGUCCCCGGGGGGGAUCCCUUUAGUGGCAAAGAUCCGUUUGCUCCAUCUGCACCAAGUAAAGCCUCUAGAGAGUCCUCAUUGGGUUUUGCAGACUUCAGCUCUUUUGGGAAUGAGGCGCAGCAGAUGGAGUGGGCCAAGCGGGAGAGCGAGCGGGCGGAGCGGGAGCGGCUGAAGAGGCUGCGGCAGCAGGAGCAGGAGGACCUGGAGCUGGCCAUCGCCCUCAGCAAGGCCGAGAUGUCCAACGCGUGACGCCUGGCCUCACACCUCCCAUCCCUACGCCUCCCCACGCUACCCCUUACACUACCUUAACCCUACCCUGCCCUAACACACCAUCGCCCUCAUCAAGGCCGAGAUACCCAAUGCCUGAUCUCCCUACGCUACCCCAUGCUACCCGUUACACUACCUUAACGCUACCCCUUACACUACCCCACUCUACCCCUUACAUUACCAAAACGCACCAUCACCAUCAGUAAAGCCGAGAUGUCCAAGGCCUGCUGAUGUGACGCCUGGUCUCCCUACGCUUCCCCACGCUACCCCUUACACUACCUUAACCCUACCCUUCUCUAACGCACCAGCCCCCUCAGCAAAAUGUCCAACGUGUGACAGCUCAUCUCAGACCUCCCUCUCAGACCCCCCUACACCACGCUACCCCGCGCUACCUUAACCCUACCCAACGCUACCCCUUACACACCCUUAACUCACCUAACGCACCAUCACCCUCCAACGCGUGACGGCUGAUUUCACAUCUCCCUACCCUAGAUUACCCUUCCUGUGGAGGUAGAACUUUUGACUAGAAGUCACGCAGUCCCCUUUUUCACGGCAGUCCUGGCAGCCAUUAUUUGUAGGUAGACCUGAGCAAUGUAAGUAAAUGGUGAAGGGAGCUAGCAAAAGCUGUCAAAAAUAAUGCGAACAUUUCUAUCGACAGACUAUACAUGGACAAUAGUUGAAAUGUGCAGCUAAAUAUCUACCUAACUAAUAUGAACUGAUUUUAAAAUGCAUUUUAUCGACUAUAUUUAGCCUGAAAUUUCAGAUCUGGUCCUUGAUUAAUGUGUCACCUCAUAUUCACACAGUUUUAGGCCAUUUUGUACAGAGAUCUGCGUGUUCUCCAUUGAUUUGCAAUGACUGAAGAGCACAGGUCUACCUACACAAGAUGGCGGCUGCACUUGUCGUUUUCCAGUGCUCUCGCGAAUUGCCGGGUCACCUCUAGUCUAAAGUUCUAACCUCUAUGACCUUUCCUUACCCUUCCUUAGCACACAAUCACCUCAGCAAGGUUGAGAUGACCGAUGUGUGACCUCUGACCUUGCCCUUCUCUACCUUACCCUAACCUUUAACUUUACCCCACCCAGCCUAACCAACUCACACAGAAAACCACUCGUGCUCAACCGGGUUGAGCUCCCCGUCUCCUAACGGAGCCCCUAACCCCCUGACAUAAAUCCAACGUAUGACCUCCCUGCCCUACCCAACCCAACUCUACCCUACUAUCACUACACCACUCCUUAGCCCAACCAACCAACCACUCACUCCUUAACCAGGUUGAGCUCCCCACCCCCUAAAACCAAUGCGUGACCUCACGUCUGUCUCCCAACCCUAACCCUACCGUACCUUGCACGACUUCACCAUUACCCAACUCAACCAAUGUACUACCCCUUAACCCCAAACCCACAUCAAUGCUGACCUCUCACCUACUCCCCAGACACCCCGCCCCACCCCGCACCGCACCGCACUGCACCCUUUCAUGUGCUCCAGAAGACUGAAAGCUGUCUGACGCAUUUGCUCGCCCCGAGUCGUGAACUCAUCUCGCCUCACCUCACCUCACCUCACCUCACGCUGUACUAACCGCAAUUCAAAGAGACAUUUAGAAUUAAAAGUACAAAAUGCAAAAGGAACAAAAAACAAAAGCCGUAAAUACUAAAGGGGGGAGGGGAGGAGGGUUGGAGGUGGGCAUCGUGUGGGAGAUUGGAUAACAAAAAUAACAAAUAUGGGUUUGAGGGGUGUUGUAGUAGAAAUAACGAAACGAACAAUCAUACUCUCUCUCUUGCUUAACUUCUAAUGUGAUCGAUGACUGACUGACUGACGGGAGAGUUAACUCUGUGGUGUUAAUUCUUUGUUAUUUUUUUGCGAACAAACUAAUGUACUGUACGCACUGCAUAACCUGCACUGUCUGAACUUAGCAGGCCGACAAAACAAGCUAUUGAAGGGAAACGCAGGCCGGGGGUUCAGACUCGAGUGAGGUUGUGAGUGAUGAUGUUUAUAUGACAUGGCAGUGGAAACUUCACACUGGACUCAUAUGGCAGUAGAAAACUAGAGACGGUCAACAAGGGAUGAUAUUAUUUUGACCAAGCUGAAAAAAAGGACAAAAAUAUCACUGUUACAUGGUUGGAAACUGACGAUUUGUUUGCCAUUUUUGUUUUUGUCUUUUUUUAUUAUUUUGAAAGGCACAGGAGUUGAUGCUGAGGUCUCCUGCAUGUGUGAAUGGGUGGCUUGUUGCGGCCAUGACUGGAAACUGAAAAUUGUACAGAAAAACAGAACUCUAUUUUCCUUUGUCUUGUUUCUCGUUUGUUUGUUUUGUUUUUUUGUUUUGUUUCAGAGAGUAUGUGUGAAUGAGUCCUAAGUGAAUGCUUGUGUAUCAUGGGCAGUAGGAGAGGUUUAAAUGCUUUUCUUUUAUUUCUUUUUCUUUUGUUUUAUGUUGUUUUUAUUUACCUUUAUUUACUCAAUCAUGCCACACUUCGUUGUGUAUCCCAGAACGUGUGCAGUGUGUGUGUGUGCGUGCGUGCUGCGUGCGUGAGUGUAUAUGUGUGUGUGUGUGUUGGUCAGGAAGAGAACCAUCAGAUGAGGGAAGUCAUUCCUCAGUAGUCACCCUGUGUCCUCAUGGCUGUAGGAACAGGGGAAGCUUUUUUUGUUGUCUUGUCCACUAGCGCUGUUUGCCCUUUCAGGAAAGGCCACGCCGUUGUUUCACAUUACCGUCAAAGCACAACCCUGCCCCUUGCUCUGUCGCUUGUUGAGAGACCACUCUCAUAGUCAGAGGUGUGUAGAAUAGAAGCAAAAGUAAAUUCAUGAUGCAAGUACAACAUUAGUACAUAUAGACAUAAUAUUUGACAGUUAUCAGACCAGUUAUUCCACCGGACCUAAUGAGGGUUUUUACUUCGCUUUGACUUCCACUUCUACUACUUCCUACAUCUCUGCUCAUAGUGUUGUGAACAUAUACUGGCGUCCUCCAUGUUGUAUUUGUAAUUAAUGACUUCAGAGUUGAAGUGGCUGCUAGAGGAGUAGGAUAGGGACUCACUGAGGGACUCAUAAGCUAAUGAAAAGGGGAGAUGUCUGUGUUUGAAGCGUUUGCUGUGUCGGUACUUUUUUGUUGUAGUUUUAAACAGUGUUCUCAUAUGUCUCGUAUGUUUCGGUUACUGUUACUGACUGUUUGAAAAAAACUCCAGCACAUUGACUAUUUCGUUGUUUUCUUUAAUACACAUUUCGGUCCUAGACCUUUAUCAGGUAAAGUUUAUUGUUUGUUGUUAUUGUUUUGAAAUAGUCCUCCGUCUCCACAGAACUUCAGCACAGCAACGACAGAUUCACGCCUCAAUACACACUGAAAUAAAUCCCAUUGGAAGAACAGCUUUUUUUCUCGACUUCGUAUGAAUGUUGGUAAAAACAGGUGCCAACUGUGCUGAGCUUUGCUUUUAAACCCCUUCCAGGUGGUAACCUUGACCUUGACCUUGAGCCCCCCCUGCCCUCCCCCUUCCUUCACCUUCUCUCAGUGGUUACUGUUCUCCUUUACUUGAAGUCUUACUCGUGGUACUAGUUGUUUACCAGGAGGAAGGUGGGGUCUGUCCUUGUACUGAAAAGGAUGUAGUGGCUGAAGUAUCAGUGGCUACUUGCGUGACACUGGUCACUGGAGGUUGGUCGUCUGAGCAUUGGUCUGACCCUGUACGUGCUCCCCCAGAAUGUGUAUGUGGAUGAACACUUGCCCCUAAAUUUGAAACCUCUUUACAUUACGCUUCUUAUACUUCAUCUUUUCUGAGCCUUUUGUGUGGUAUCAUAAUUAUUUGAAGGUAUUUUUUGUUAUUUGUUAAUCCAUGUUGAUAAUUACUUGCAUCGUAGGGCGGCAAUAUGUUCAUUGUCCGUCGUGUGGUUAUUAACUGAAGAAGGAGAAGAAAAAAACUAUUGUGGUGAAUGGCACUUUUGACUGCAAAAAAUUGACCCUGUGUUGAAUUCCUUUACUCAUGGACGCUAAUGCUGGUUAUCACUUCCAUGUGCUCUAUCUGUUACAAGCAUUUACGAUGCUCGCAACCUCUGCUAGCGCGUUUCUGUCUUUCCUCCUGUGUGUGUGUGUGUGUGUGUGUGUGUGUGUGUGUGUGUGUGUGUGUGUGUGUGUGUGUGUGUGUGUGUGUGUGUGUGUGUGUGUGUGUGUGUGUGUGUGUGUGUGUGUGUGUGUGUGUGUGUGUCUUUCUUUCUUUCUUUCUUUCUUUGUGUGUGUCUCUUGUAAGUGUUGUCUCCUGCGUGUAUUCAUUCUGUCUUUAUUUGUAUGUCCAUGCUCACUAUCUUUCUCUCCCUCCCAGCUCCCCCUCUCUCUCCUCUGUCUCUGCCUCUCUCCUUCUCCCCCGUCCCUGGAGGGUGCUUGUGAGCCUCUCUCUCUCUCCUCUCCUCUCCUCCCUCCUCCUUUGCUUUCUGGCCACAAUUUAGCUUGGCUCUCUCCCCUACUGUCUCUAGCUGAAUUAUACGACUGAAUUGGAAACAGGUGAAUCUGAUAUGGGGUAUAGGCCUGCAGCGGCCUCCCCGAAUGGAACUAAAACUAAAACCAAAACAUCCCCAAUCAGAAGUGAUGAGCCACAGGGGAGGGGGAGGGGGGGUGAACUAGUCCUCAGUGGUUGUGAAUGGUUGUGAUUGACCAGAGCUGCAGAACAGGAGCCUAGUAUACUAAGAAGCUGGUUCAGGAGUAAGCCAGGUUAAGUUAAGAGGUAAAUCAUCAAAUAGAAGAGCCUGGAGUCCUCAUUUUCUUUAGACUCCAGGCCCUUCUGCUAUGAUAUACCUCUUACCUUAACCUGUUUUGUUUACUCCCGAACCAGUUUCUUCUUAGUGUACCCCUCUGAUCAUUCCAUGUGAAGAUACCAAGUCGGCUUCAUCUGCUGCAUAUCCCGUUUGACCUUUGACCUGUAGCUCGUCCUGCCGUUGCUGCUUUCCGCUGUCACUCAUGUUCAUAAUGUCUUUUGUCUUUUAUGUUCACAGUGCAAUAGUCUUUUUUUAACUUCCAUUUAAAAACGUGUAAAUCCAGUUUUACGUAUUUCAUAUUCAUUGUAUUCUAUUUUUAUUUUGUUUUUGUUUUUAUUAUUAUUUGUUAUUAUUAUUAUAAUUAUUACCAUUAGGUGUAUUUAAACAUGCUUAUCAGAUUGCUGUCGCAAGUUGGCGUUUUUAUUUUUGUUUAAUUUUGAAGCAUUUUGGACUGAUCCGAAGUUGAAUGCGUUCCUCCUCGCCUGCCUUUGACUUAUCUUUCCUCUGUAGAUAAAACAAAAGAAGAAAUAAUCAAGUCUGUUGUAUUGAAAUGCAUAAAGUAUACAUAAACCUUGUAUAUUAUGUCUGUUAUAUUUGUCUUAUAAAAAGUGAAAAACUGCUAAAUGUGUAACUUUUGGAGAAUUCCUGACUACAUUGGUAGCAACUAGAAAAAAAGAAGGUUGGAUUUCUUCGAAAAAUGUUUUAUGCUCAGUAUGUGGCCAUUGUUCAAUAGAAUAAAACAACUACAUUUCAGAUUUACAAGAAUAUC